AUGGUAAAAUCAAAUGAAGAGUGGCUUCAGAACCUGAUCAUAUUGAAAACAAAUUCCCUGGACAACUAUGAAGAGGAGUUGGCAUUCAUUAUGCAGGAACUGCCAAAGCCUGCAGCUCUGUGGGGCUUCCUUCUCCUUGAAUCCCUUUUGUUUCAGCAGGUCCACCAAAAUGGCCCAAUGCAUUUCCUCCCAACCCAACUUUUGAUGAGAACUUACAUGUACAUAUCUCAGUUGCCCUCUGCCAACGACUGUUUAUUUGGGAGAAAAACAAUAACAACUUUAGUACUCCGGAAAAAGUAUCUGAGCACCACGGAAAACUCUUUCUAUUUAACAACAUUUAAUAUUCUUGAAGAAAAAAAAAUACAGGUUCAGUGUGGUGAUUUUCCUCACCUGUUAGUGUAUGGACCAUCAGGUGCUGGAAAAAAGACAAGAAUUAUGUGUAUUCUACGUGAACUUUAUGGUGUUGGAGUGGAAAAAUUGAGAAUUGAACAUCAAACUAUCACAACUCCAUCUAAAAAGAAAAUUGAAAUCAGCACCAUUGCAAGUAAUUAUCACCUUGAAGUUAAUCCCAGUGAUGCUGGAAAUAGUGACCGGGUAGUAAUUCAGGAGAUGUUGAAAACAGUGGCACAGUCACAGCAACUUGAAACAAACUCUCAAAGAGAUUUUAAAGUGGUAUUAUUGACAGAAGUUGACAAACUCACCAGAGAUGCUCAACAUGCUUUGCGCAGAACCAUGGAAAAGUACAUGUCCACCUGCAGAUUGAUCUUGUGCUGCAAUUCAACAUCCAAAGUGAUACCACCUAUUCGUAGUAGAUGCCUGGCAAUUCGUGUGCCUGCUCCCAGCAUUGAAGAUAUUUGCCAUGUGUUAACUACUGUGUGCAAGAAGGAAGGUCUGAAUCUUCCUUCACAACUGGCUCAGAGACUUGCAGAGAAGUCCUGUAGAAAUCUCAGAAAAGCCCUACUUAUGUGUGAAGCCUGCAGAGUACAACAAUAUCCUUUUACUGCAGAUCAAGAAAUCCCUGAGACAGAUUGGGAGGUGUACCUGAGGGAGACAGCAAAUGCUAUUGUCAGUCAGCAGACGCCUCAAAGGCUUCUCGAAGUUCGUGGAAGGCUUUAUGAGCUUUUAACUCAUUGUAUUCCUCCUGAGAUAAUAAUGAAGGGCCUUCUCUCAGAACUUUUGCAUAAUUGCGAUGGACAACUGAAAGCAGAAGUGGCCCAGAUGGCAGCUUAUUAUGAACAUCGUCUACAACUGGGUAGCAAAGCCAUUUAUCACUUGGAAGCAUUUGUGGCCAAAUUUAUGGCACUUUAUAAGAAGUUCAUGGAGGAUGGAUUGGAAGGCAUGAUGUUCUGACUUCAGUUAGUAAUUCUUCCAUGUAUUUCUCAGUAUCAGCAUUUACUCGUAAUUUAUAUUAGAAGAAUGUUGUGUAAAAUAAACAGACUUAAUCAUAUAUAUUUUGUGUUUUUUUGUAAUUCCUCUUUGAAUUUACUAAUCAUUAUCAUUUUCCUCUACAUUAAAUAAUCGCUUCUAUACUCUUGAAAUAUAUUGAAAGGAUACAAUUAGAAACUUUUGAGUCUAGGAAAAUUAUUUUAAUUUACUUUAAACAUUAGUUUUUCAAGUAUGCAAUAUCAAUCAUUCCAUUCUCUUUCAUCUAAUCUCUUAGGUGAUAUAGGAGACUUAUACAAUAAGGGAGCAAAGAUAAUUUUCUCUUUUUUAGACUGCUGUUUUUGACUACAGGGUACAUGGUACUUUGCUUGGUAAAUCAUUACUUUUAAUCACAUUAUCCCUUAACAAAGAACUGUACUUUUGUAGAGAAUAUAAAAAUUCACAUACAGCAUAUGUACACCCUUUGUGUUGCCAUGUGGUGCCUUGCAUUGCCUUGGAAGGCCAUCAUCAGAUGUGACCCGUUGGCCCUGUAUUUCUGUAAUCAUGAGAUAAAAUACACUACUAUAUGAA